AUGCCACCGCCGAUAUUUCCUCUCCGGUGGGAAAGCACCGGAGACCAAUGGUGGUACGCAUCACCAAUCGAUUGCGCCGCGGCAAAUGGUCUAUACGACGUCGUAAUCGAGCUGCUUCACCAAGACACAAACCUCCUCGUCAAACUCACCUCCCUCCGUCGUAUCCGCCGCCUCGAAACCGUCUGGGACGACGGAGACGGAGAAAACUGCCACGUGGCGCUCAACCGCUCCCGCGUCGCGAAGAGGCUACUGGAGGAGUGCGAAAUCGGAAACGGAGAUAACUCCCUCAUCAGAGCUGGUUACGGCGGUUGGCUGCUCUACACCGCCGCUUCCGCAGGAGAUUUGGAAUUCGUGAAGAAGCUUCUUGAGAGAGAUCCGCUCCUCGUGUUCGGAGAAGGAGAAUACGGCGUUACGGAUAUUCUCUACGCGGCGGCUCGAGGUAGAAACGACGACGUUUUCCGUCUUCUUCUGGAUUUCGCUCUGUUGCCGGCUGAUAUCGCCGGCGUCGAAGAAACCGAAGGCGAGAAACUAACGGAGAGACAAUUCAUAGUAAAGGAGGAGAUGGUUAAAAGAGGGGUCCACAGUGCGGCCAGAGGCGGACACGUGGCAAUCCUCGAGGAAUUUUUACUCUCAGGUAAAUACGACGCCGUUUCAGGACUCAGAGAUGCUUUUGGCUCUACUCUGUUACACUCUGCUUCUUGCAGAGGUCAAAUCAAAGUGGUAAAUUAUCUUAUAUCGAAGUAUGAUUCGAUAAUGGAGGUUAAAGACAGACUUGGAAACACAGCUUUACAUGUUGCUGCUUACAAGGGUCAUUUAGCUGUAGUGGAGGCUCUUAUAAACGAAACUCCACCGUUGAUCUCCGUCGUCAACAAUGACGGUGACACGUUUCUUCACAUGGUCGUGUCUGGUUUUGCUGCGUCCGGUUUUAAGCGGUUAGACCGGCAAAUGGAGCUUUUGAAGAAGUUAAUCUCAGGAGGAGGACGAAGCUGCUCCGUUGACUUUUCUGAGAUAGUCAAUUUAAGAAACGGUUACGGAAAAACGGUGAUUCAUUUAGCUGUGAUGGAUAAUUAUAACGCCGUUAGAUCUGACGUCGUUGAGAGUUUGUUGAGAAUCCACGGCGUUGAUGUUAACGUUGUUGAUUCGGAUGGAAUGACUGCUGUUGAUUUGCUUGAACGACAAACGCCGAGAACGCCGGUUUCUGAUUUACUGAUCAAACGGCUUAAAUCCGCCGGUGGGCGAUCCAGCGGCGGUGAAAACGUUUCGCGUUUGAGGGAAGAGCGUUACGGAUUCUGCGGUAGUCCUGGAACUUCGUUUGAGAUAUCUGAUUCUGAGAUUUUCUUGUUCACGGCGGCGAGAACAGAUCAGACCGCAGCGAACGCUGAGUUAAGUCCAGAGAGAGAGAGUUUCGACGGAAUCAGUGAGUGCUCAACCGAAAUCUCGACGCAUUCGAAACGCAAACGCCUUGGCGGCAGUACAGGAGCGCGUCUUAAGCUUCUUUUGCGGUGGGCGAAGAGGGAGGAGUCAGAGGAAAAUCGGCGCUUCUCCAGAGAUAACAGCAAUCGUCGUGUUCCUCUCAGAGAAAUGUAUUCGAGAUCGAGAUCGCCGUCUGAAAUCGGAAACAGAGGAAGAGCGUUUCCGAUGAGAACCGAGAGCGGCGAUCUCCCGAGUUUAUCGGUGAGAUUGAAAUUCACAGAAGGGUUAAUGAAAGGCGUGGUGGUUCAGGAAUCGCCGAGGUUUGUGUUUUCGCCUCCGGUUGCCUCCGAUUACUCUCGAUCGUCGGCUUGUUCAUCACCGUUGCAGACAGUCUCUUCGGAGUUGAAGAGAAGAACAUCUGCGAUGAAGAAACAUGGAUCUUUUAUGAACAGAUACUUGUGUUUCGGCGGUAAAGGAUUAGCCAUUAAUGGUUCUUCUGAGAUGAAUAAUGGCUCUGAUCAUCGUCUUCGUCACCAGAGUAUCAAACGUGUGAUGUCUUUGGUUUCUUGA